UGUGUCAUGACAAGCAGUCUCGCCAGGUGAUAACGUAUUAAAACUGUGGCUGGCUGCCCUAGCCCACAUUCUUUGUACGCUUGCAUUACAUCAUGGGGCUUGCUAAGCGACAUGGCCUAGCGGGUUGGUUAGGACCAGUACUAGUAGUGACUGGUGGUGACUGGUUAGUGUAUAUAUAUAUAACAAGAGGCCCGCGCGCGCACACACAUUGCAUGCUCCCAGGUCCCAGCGCACCUGCUCCAUCCAGGUUUCAGGCAAGCCGUCGAGGCCGGCCGGCGAUGGAUCGCCAGGCGAGCCGUCGAGGCCGCCGCCGGGGGCGCCACGUCCGGCUCGGCUCGCUUCUCCGCCUCCGUGUGCGGCUGUUCGGCGGCCUCGCCGGCCUCGUUGCCCGGUGCCUGGAGGAGCUCAACUGCUGCCCCACGAGGAGGACUACGACGAGGAGGAGGAGGAGUCAUAAGAUGGCGGUCAGCCACGGCGACAGGCGCCACCACCGACCUGCGCCAGCAGAGAGGGAGGAGAACUCCCUCCAUGCAGAGGCCAUUGCCGAUUGCUUGGAGUUUAUCAAGAGAUCCUACCUGCCUGCGGCGGCUGGAGCUGGUGGUGAUCGCAAGCCGGAUCGCUAGCUAGUAGCUACCCUUCUUGCCCCGGUUUCGGAACCAAAAUUUGGCACCCACUUCCUCCCAGAAUUCCUUGGUCCCAGACAGACCAGGUCCCAAGUGCUCUGCUCCUGUAGUUUUUUUUUUUUUUUUUUGUACAGUGCUCUGCUCUCUGCUCUUGUAGUUUGUACAUAUAGCAGUUUUGCGAGUGACCUCUGUUCUGUUGUUUCGUGUUGUGUGCAUCAAGAGUGACCAAAUCUGUGUGGAGGAGGAGGAGGAGGCGAGUUCUUUCUUCCUCGAAUGAAACGAGAGCUUGUCUAUGGCUGCUGAGAGGUGAAAUGUCGUUCUCUUGGCAAUAAGAAUACGUGUGGUGUGGCUU